CCCCUCCACCAGUCCGGUCUUUCUUUUUCGAUUUCGUAUGGCUCCCAUCGAGGCAACGCGUGGCUGAAUCGUCAAGGCGACUCCCCUUCUCUCGCCAACUGCCUGGACAAGAUGAAUCAUCAUCUGCCCGCUAUGCCCCAUGGGCAGCCAUCCAUGCCCGCCCCCCGCCGACAACAAGAUAUUCCCUACACCGCAGGCCCUCCGAACAUGCGAUCUCCGCCUGCAUACAUGGGCUUCCAUCCCCAUAUGAACGGCCAUCCUCCUCCGGCCGCAUAUUCACCCCAACAAUAUGCUCCCUGGUACUAUUCUCCAAUGCAGAUGCCUCCCCGCCCAUACCAGCAUCACCCAUAUGGCCCCAUGUAUGUCGCGACAUACCCGCCUUCACAGUCCAUCAUGGCGCCAGCGCACAUUCAUCCUCCGCCGUUACCGAUGCAGCCCAGAACCUCAACUCCCCUGCAGCCGACCAUGUCUCCUGUAGGCAUGGCAUCUGUUCCUAUCGCAGCUCAGGCGCAAUCACCUGCGAUGAUUCCGGUGCAAGCUCUUGCCAGCCCAGUACUGCCUUCACCUCCAGCGGUUCCUGUUCAGACCGCACUUGCCCCUAAAGAGCCAUUCUCCCCUCCACUUCCAUGGCUUUCUGUUCCCGAAUCACCUUUUCCAGCCCGUGCUCCUCGAAGGCGUCGCAAAGGUCGUACAUUUCAAUCUUCAUCGGCCUCAGUUGAGUUUCCAGUAAAGGACGGGCAGCGGCUCGAACAGAUUGCCGGACAAGGCGAAGAGAACGUAGAGAAUGUGCCAAGCCCCUCAGAGCCCCAGACGCCGACUUUAUCUGUUGCUCCGUCGGUCGCGAACUCUACCCAGCCUACUACUCCUUCCUCGGUUGCUCAGAACCUGCCUGGCCGUUCUCAAUCUCAGACAAAGGGCACCAAGUCGACUGCCCCAGUUGUUCCGGUUGUUCCUGUCGUCCCGGCUCCCGAAACUCCUCGCCAGGGCGUCAAGAACGAGGUCACUCGUUCUUCAGAGACGCCGAAGACCAGUCGUAUCAGCGGCACUGCUGAAGUGACCGAGGGACAAGAGUCUGCCGAUGAUAAACUCCAGGAAUCGGGCAAGCAAACCCAGCCCGCUUCUGCAGCUCCUAAAUCCUGGGCAGACUUGGUCAAGUCCAAAUCCCUGGCCAAAGCAGCUGGUGCUUCUGGAUCUUCGUCCACUGCAACCAAUGGUGUUGUCAAGCCCAAGAGCGAGAUGCUUGCCGAUGUUCUGGUGAGCUUGGGUGAAGACGUGUCUCAGUACAGUGACAAGAUUGGGUUCCUGGAGCCUCGAGGUCUUGUCAAUACUGGCAACAUGUGCUACAUGAACUCGGUUUUGCAAAUUCUGGUCUUUUGUGUCCCUUUCUACCAAUUUCUGGACCUCGUUGGGCGCAGAGCAUCCCACAGCUUCACUAGUGCCUAUCCCAUGAUUGAUGCAUUGAUCAUGUUUAUGAGAGAAUUCCGCGUAAUUGAUGCUGCCGAUACUGAGGACCAGUUGCGGAUGCGGUUGAAGGCCAAUGAACUCGAACAGUAUGGCGAUGCUUUCAUUCCGGAGUUUGUUUACCACGUGAUUCGGCAAUUGCCACGAUUCCGUGACAUGAGACGUGGCCACCAGCAAGAUGCACAAGAAUUCUUGGGUUUUCUCUUGGAGGAGAUGCAUGAAGAGUGCAGCCGUGCCGCAAAAGAAGCGCCGUCCACCGGUACGGCGUCGGGCAAUGAUGCGGACAAUGCGACGGAAGAAUCUGAUGGCUGGUUGGAAGUUGGCCAUAAACAAAAAGCCGCAGUCACACGCUCGUCUGGCGACAUCGCACAGGAGUCUCCGGUCACGAGGAUCUUUGGAGGAAAGAUCCGUUCAGAAUUCAAGGUUCCUGGCAACAAGACAUCAGUUACUCUAGAGCCCUAUCAGCCGCUGCAGCUUGACAUUGGGUCACCCGAAAUUAACAACAUCAUCGAUGCUCUCAAGGGCUUGACGAAGCCGGAAAGCAUCCAAGGAGAUUUCAAUUCUGCACGUGGUCCUAAUGUCACAGCCACCAAGCAGGUUUUCAUCGAGACUCUACCUCCAGUUCUCAUCCUCCACCUCAAGCGGUUCCAGUAUGACAGUGUGACCAACGGUACUCAGAAGAUCUGGAAGCGUAUUGGAUACCCCCUGGAUCUGGAGAUUCCGCGGGAGGUGUUCCCACCUAAUAAGCGUAACGUGAUGAUGGCACAGGGCGGAUUACCCAAGUAUCGACUUGUUGGUGUGAUCUAUCACCACGGCAAGAAUGCCAGUGGCGGUCACUAUACCGUUGACGUUCGUCGGCAAGACGGCCGUGAGUGGAUUCGUCUUGAUGAUACCGUGAUUCGUCGAGUACGUAGCGAAGAUGUUGCAGAGGCAGGUGGCGAAGAGGAUCCCAAGGUCCUUGCAGCCGCAUUGGAACAACACAAGCGAGACAGCUCCAGCGCCAACAUCUUCGAUCAUAUUGACCAGGACGACCAGUCUGAUAACGAGAGGGGCUGGAGCCAGGUCAAUGGUACUCCAGGCAAGAAGUCAGGCGCCAACGGAGCAUCAGCAACGCCUAAUGUCACGCGAUCAUCCGCUGGACGCUAUAAUGCUCGCGAUAACAAGGUGGCAUACCUGCUUUUCUACCAACGUAUUGCUUAGUUUCUCUAAGUGUUGUUUGGGCGGAUAAGAGAGAGAGAAGCAAAAUCUAUCAACCAGCCAAACAACGAGAACCCGAUUUACCGACACCCCGGAAUCAACAUCUUGUUGCCUCCUCACUAGAGGGCAACCCCCAUGGGCUGAAAUUCAGCCAUCAACGACACGACCCUCUCUAGGUUCGGCUGGCGGGCAGCGGAUCACCAGCUGAUUGGUGAGCCAGGAACUACGAGUCUUCUAACUAUACCUCUCACAACUCUCUUAUAGCGAAGUCAUCACGGGGACUGUUGGGCACUUUCCUCGCGACCAGACGUUUUGCUGUCGGAGACUUAUUUACUUUCUUUUCCUUAUGUCGC